GUGGAAGUUUUCUCAACUUUGCAUUCAGAUCCCUGUUUGCAUCUGCUAUACUCCGCGACAUGCAGGACAAAUUUGGUCAAGCUACAUGAAGGCAGGUGACGAUCGCUUCUAUAACUGAAUGAUUUGUAGAUGGCUGUUUUACAUUGAAGGCGGUAUCACCAUCUCGGUCGCGGUUUGCGCGAUGUUCAUACUUCCUGGUUUCCGGCAAAAUACCAGGUGGUUCACCCCAGAGGAAAGAGCAAUCAUAAUCUCUCGCCUUGCAGAAGAUGGCUAUGGUAAGGCUGACGAGCUUGGGAAGCAGACGACCAUGGAAGGACAACGAGAUGCCGUGUCUGACUGGAAGAUGUGGUGGUUUUCGGUCGCGGCAAUGUUCCAGGCAACGUGCACCUACAAGGGUACCCCGCCAUUCUGGUUCGUUCCCAUUCUUUCUCAGCGCAUGCACCACCGUCCACCAUUAGCCUAUACAUAUCCUCAACGCCUGCCAUGCCUCGUGGCUCUACCACUUACAAGGUCACUUCACCUUCCUCCCCACAUAACCCCACUACUCACACCCACCAAGAGAUUGCCGGUCGAAAAUACAGCGCGGCAUAAACAACUUUGGAUCGGUGUGGUUUUGAAGGCGCUUGAAGACCUCGACCCUCCUUUCAUGUCCCUCCCACGACGUAAACAACUUUGGAUCGGUGUGGUUUUGAAGGCGCUCGAAGACCUCGACCCUCCUUUUAUAUCCCUCCCACGACGUAAACAACUUUGGAUCGGUGUGGUUUUGAAGGCGCUCGAAGACCUCGACCCUCCUUCGAGGGUUCUUCAUAUCCCUCCUGCGGCGUAA